CGCUAUGAGGUUCUCUGGUGCUCAAGGCGUACUCCUUCUUGUUGCCUGUUUGCUGAUCGUCCAUGAAGCAGCGACCAGGCGCAAAGUGUGUACAUAUCGUCAUGGCUGUCAGGCAAAUGUACGGCUCAGCGCAGCAGCCGUGUGUCGUCAAUUCGCUGACACUGAGUCAUCAUGUAGGUCAUGUCACUGUCAGGCACCUUCUUCAUUUCAUUGUCGCCGACUUUGCGCAUUCAGAGAACAAAUAACAAAGUGUGCCAGAGAGUUCCUGUGUCCACCAACAACUACAGAAAUGACUGUUGCAUCGACUGAAGCGACAACCUCUACAACAUCUCCAACCACUCCAACGACGCCAACGACUCCUACGACUCCAAUGCCGUGUGGAGUAAGCAGUGGCGUGUGCCUGCCUGAUUGUCCUGGUGACCGUGACGAUUUCGGAACCCCAGAGUGUUCUAGUGGGGAAAUCUGUUGCCUUUCUGCACCAGGACUGUAAAGGGCUAUGCAAGUGAGACUGCCAGAAGAAUAUGUAUUGUUGUUGUCGCCAUGAGUGCGUUUUCUUGAU